GUUGAAAAGUACUUUGAAUAUAGAUGACAAUCGAACUUGAAGAACCCCGUUUAGAGGAAAACUCACAAGUGGCUAAGGACUUGUUUGGUGGUACCAUUGGUGGGAUCGCCCAAGUCCUUGUUGGUCAGCCGUUCGAUACAGUUAAGGUGCGGUUACAGCUGGCUCCAGAAGGUACAUACAAUGGAGCUGGAGACGUUAUUAAGCGUCUUAUGGCUACCGAAGGUCCAAAGGGUUUUUACAAAGGUACCAUUACCCCCUUGAUCGGAGUUGGUGCUUGUGUAUCUGUACAAUUUUCAGUCAACGAAGCCAUGAAGAGAUAUUAUGAUAAAUCUCUCAAUGGUAAGGAAUUAGGUUUACCACAAUAUUUCGUGUGUGGUGCCACUGCUGGUUUCGCAAAUGGUUUCCUUACUGGUCCAAUCGAGCACAUUCGUAUUCGCUUACAAACUCAAACUGCUGAAACUAAGGCAUUUGACGGACCAAUUGAUUGCGCCAAGAAGUUAUACCGUGCUAAUGGCCUUUUCAAUGGGAUUUACAAGGGUUUGUCCCCAACAUUAGUUAGAGAAUCCGUUGGUUUGGGUAUAUACUUUGCCACUUAUGAAGCUCUUAUUAAAAGAGAAUUAGGAAAAGUCAAGAAUAUCACCAGAGAUGAUAUCCCACCUUGGAAGUUGUGCUUAUUUGGAGGUUUGUCUGGUUACACCCUCUGGAUCGGAAUUUACCCUAUCGAUGUGAUUAAAUCGAAGUUGCAGACCGACUCCUUAACUGCUCCAAAGUAUAAGGGACCUAUCGACGCCUUCAGAGACAUCUGGGCUAGACAAGGGGUUAAAGGUUUCUAUAGAGGAUUUGUUCCAACCAUUUUGAGAGCUGCACCAGCCAAUGGUGCAACUUUCGCUGCGUUUGAAUUAACAAUGAGACUUAUUAAUUGAUAGAAUACUAUAAAAAAAGGAGAAGAUUUAGAGAAAGAAGCAGAAUUAAAGUAAGAAGUGACAUAAUUAAAUUAUUAGCAUCUAUUAUAUUGUACGUUAUUUAAAUAAUCAUUGCAUCGUAUAUCAUU